GGUAGAAGUGCAGUGCACUGUAGCUCGUCCCCUGCUCGCGGUAAAAUUCAAUGGCGUUCGCCGCGUGGAUCAAACAGCCCCGCGAGGCCUCUUCUAGUCCGCUGCCUCCCCCGUUCGGCUUUUCCACGCAUGCGCGCACACGCGCCUCCACAAUCCCGAGAGCCUUCAGUACGGGGUUUGUGCUUUGAGCCCAAAAAAAUACCGCCUUCAACAACAACGCAACUGAAAUAUGGCUUUUCAUCGAAAUGGGACAUAAAAUACGGCUUUCAGGGGAGAUAGGGAUUCGUGAGACAAACGCCCGACCGCCUUUUUGUUGGUCUUUGUGCGCUGCCCAUGGUAGAUGGUAUCCAGUGAGCUGUAUCUGGCAGAGGAAGACGACGACUCGGCGAGUAAUAUGAAGGAGAUGAUCGGAGGCUGCUGCGUCUGCUCGGAUGAGAGAGGCUGGGCCGAAAACCCCCUAGUCUACUGCGACGGUCACGGCUGUAACGUCGCCGUCCACCAAGCCUGCUAUGGAAUUGUCCAAGUCCCCACAGGCCCCUGGUUCUGCAGGAAAUGUGAAUCACAGGAACGUGCUGCCAGGGUGAGGUGCGAGCUGUGUCCCCACAAAGACGGAGCACUGAAACGAACAGAUAAUGGAGGUUGGGCCCAUGUGGUUUGUGCUCUUUACAUCCCAGAAGUGGAGUUCGCCAACGUAUCUACCAUGGAGCCCAUCGUGCUUCAGUCUGUCCCUCAUGAACGUUAUAAUAAGACAUGCUACAUCUGUGAGGAACAGGGCCGUGAGAGCAAAGCUGCUACUGGAGCCUGCAUGACAUGCAACAAACAUGGCUGCCGACAGGCCUUUCAUGUCACAUGCGCUCAGUUUGCUGGGUUAUUGUGUGAAGAACAGGGCUCAGAUGCUGAUAAUGUGAAAUACUGUGGAUACUGCAAGUACCAUUACAGCAAACUGAGAAGGAGCAAAGGCUGUGGUAGUAGGGCUCAAAACUUAAGUGAUUCUUCCACUCACUCUUUGAAAAAGCACCAUGACAAGGAAAAGAAGAAACAUAAAGAAAGAGAUCGCCACAAACCAAAGCACAAAAAAUCUUUGGAACUGUCACCUUCCCUGGUGCCAGCACUGAUGGUGACCUCUGAGAAGAGCUACAACAGCAGCAGUGGUGGAAGUGUCUCCUCAAUCUCCUGUACUCAGAAGCGAUUGGACGACAGCGGAGGUCGUUUCACCAAUGCCAACUUCCAGGAAGUUCCGUCUCACUCCAGUUCCAGCUCCAAGGAUGGCAGCCUCUCUGAUGGCAAGAGCUCGGAUGGCAAAAGCAAGAAGUCCAGCAGUCACAGCACCAGCUCGAACUCUGGCUCCAGGGGCCGCAAGUCCGUGCCGGGCAAACCCCACGGCCCUGUGGUCACCACAGCGACGUCAUCCACAGCUCCCUCCUCAACCAGUCCGUUUCAGCAAGGUCUUUUAUUAGGCGGCAGCAGCAGUAAAUCAGCCACUAGUGGGUCUGUGGUUCAGCCCACAUCUGAUUUCCUCAGCUUCUCUGAUCCCAGCCUUAGGGCUGGCGACUCGUACACGCCUCCGUCCUUUAGCCGUUGCCACAUGAAGGGUGGUGCAGAAAGCACAGCCUCUGAAGGCAUGGUGGCUCUCAACACCUUCGGCAUGAUGUCCCUCCCUCAAAGCUCAAGCUCAAGCAAGCAUUACGAAAACUGUCACCCGGCCGGAGAGCUGGGAGGCCUGGCCUCAGCAGGCUACAAACGACCCCAGCCCUCCUCGUCCUCUUCCUCUGCAACAUCAUCUUCAUCUACUGGCGAGGAUGGCGUGAAGAAGAAGAAGAGAGGGAACUGGAGGAACCGGUAUGGACCGUGCUUCACUACCCAGGACAGUAAAACCACUGAUACAGGAGAGCAUGGCUCCACAAUGCCCUCAUCCACUUCCCCCUCGCCAUCCUCCUUGAGCACUAUGACCUGCCGCGGGAGUGCAGUCAGCAGUACCGGAGGUGUGGGAGCAGUGGGUGCUGGUAGCAGCAGUCUGGGGAUUCAGAAGUCCCCAUCCCUCCUCAGGAAUGGAAGCUUACAGGGUAUGACUGUCGGCUCCCCACCUGCUGGACCAGGUUCGUACUCCAGCAGUAGCGAUGUAGCCUGCCCAUUGCCCAGUGCUGUGUUUGGAGGGUCUCUGUCCGGAUCCAACUCCGAGUUACCUGCUCAUCAGUCAGUGGUCACUUCCAUGCCCACUCUCACAUCUUUGCCCCCGACCGUCCCGUUCACCAGCACCUCAUCCACACAUUCAAACUCUCUACCGGGAUCCUUUAACCUGGCGCCAUCCCAUAUGUUCGGAAACAGGCUGAAUCCGAAUUCCGCCAUGGCUGCACUGAUCGCCCAGUCCGAGGGCUCCCCGGCAGAUCAGGAGCUUGGAGACGGAGCUCUCGGCUUCUCCAGAAGAGGAAACUCGCCAAAGACAAACCUCUCCCCUCGGUCUCCGUUAAGUGGGCUUCAUAUCCGGUAUGACUCGUCAGGACCGUUGGUUCCGGGGCUUGGAUCUGGUUCGGAUACGUUGCCCCCAGUGGCCACCAGCAUCGACCAGCUGCUGGACCGGCAAUGGAACGAAGGACAGCAGUUCCUCCUACAACAGGGCUCACAAGGAGAUGUUCUGGGAAUGCUGAAGUCCCUGCACCAGCUGCAGGUGGAAAACCGGCGCCUGGAGGAGCAAAUCCGAACUCUCACCAUGAAGAAGGAACGACUGCAGCUCUUGAGCGCUCGCUCCUCUGUGCCUUUCACCCCCGCGAGCACCACAGCCACCACUGCCUCCUCUCCUCUGUACCCCAGCAACACUCACGCAGGUUAGACACACACGCUACCACUCAGGUAACUUCCUCUACCCCUGCUCUGCAGAUGCCAUCUGCUGGGACUGAGCACCUCUUUAGUUGAGUCAAGUGUUAUAUUAUGUAUAUCUCAUCCCCUGUCUGGUGGCCAUAGUAGUGGAAGUAGCACGUCCUCUCUCUCCACCCCUCCGUCUGCGGCCCACAGUCCCCCCCAGCAGCAGGUGAAUGGAGUCGGCAUGGCCGGGGUGGUCGUCCAGCCUGGCAAUGUCAACUCAACCCUCCCUGCCAUAGCCGGGGUGACGGGUCUGAUGGGCACUCUGCAGGGGAACCACCUGGCCAUGAGUGGCAUCGUGGGCACCCUAAACGGAGUCAUCCAAACCUCCCCCAGCCUGGCCCAGAAUAACAGCCCCCUGCCCCAUCCCUCAGCAGCUACCAGCACAUCCCUGCCCAUGUCCAACAGUCUCAGUAACAGCAGCAUGACCACUGUGAAAACCAGUGCGGCAAGGCAUUUCAACGAUCAGCACAGACAGAUCCUCCUCCAUCAGCACCAACUUCAGCAGCUUUUCAGCUCCCAGCAGGCCACACCGGAACAGCAGCAGGCUCUGCUCUAUCAGUUAAUGCAACAGCAGCAGCAUCAGCAGAAUGACAUACAGCUACAGCAGCUUCCAAUCAACAGCCUCCUGCCCACCACGCAGCCAGCCAUCACUACAAACCCCUUCCUCGCCAUGCACAACGACAGCAACACUCCUAAAACUGGAGUUAGUACUGCAACUAUCAAACAGACAAAAAGACUGGGGGAGAAGGCGGUGUCUGUGACAGGACAGGAAAAGACCUGAUGUAGAAAACAAAGUUCUGUCUUAUGGAUCCCUCUCAUCUGCCCACCCCAAGAGGCUUGCAGUCUGAGCAGCAAGACCAGAACAUUCACCCACCGCACGAAACCCUCACCAGCACCAGCCUUCAUAUGUACACACACUUGGCAGUUUGAUGCCCAUCUGGCGAACAACAUGCUGCACUGAGUUUGAGUAAAUCACUUGCUGUAAACGUACUGGAUCCCAUGGGGGCCAAAAGACAGGCUCACACACAUAUGUGCACACACACACACACACACACGAUCUCUGUCACCCUGCCAGUGUGCUGAAAAUGACACGCUGGUGCGAGUCGCUGUGAGCAGAAAGCGUAGACCGAUGGAGAUGCCUCUGGAACAGUAUCUGCUCACCGCUGUUACCCCUUUAACAAGAAACACGUAACGAUAAUCUCAAUUAAAAACCUGUCGUUUUUGUCCGUCUUGUGUAUUUAAAGGCGUCAAAUAUUUCAAAGCUGAAGCGAUCAGACAUUUGUGCACCAUGAAGGCCUUCUCCGCAUCCUGAUCUUGAGCCUCCCCUGUGAGGAGGCGGCCCAAAGGUCCACAGACUGUCUCACUGACCCUGCUGCACUCUUUGAAGAGCAACUACCUCUCAAGCCAGGACACACAGACCAGGCCCUGGACCCAAGUGCCUGGCCCCGAUCUCCAUGCUCUCAGCGAGGGGCCGCGCGCUGGAGACGCUGCCAGUCUCUCUCUCUCUCCUUUCCCUUUUUAUUUUUUCCUCCAGUUGAUCCAUUUUUUUGUGAAAUGAUUUGAUAUCAAUCGGCGUCGCUCAGGCAAUACCAGUUCAGAGAGUCCCAGAGAUCUCUGCCUGUACAGUGACUACACUGAAAAAAAACUGAUUUCGAAUGUUUGCAUUGAUCAUUUUCGAAGCCAACUUUCUAUUAUUCCUUUUUUAUUUAUUUGCAUUCGUUGCAUGUUGUGCGCAAGGUAAUAUAUUCUAACGCUCAACUGGCAAAAUGUUUUUUAUACUACUGUACAAAAUUCUCAGCUCUUUUGAGUCUUGUAAACUUUUGGAUGAACAUGUCUGGUGUUUGAAGUUGUAAAAAAA